UCUGUGUUUUUGAUUGGCUUUCCGAUAAAUCUGCCUGUUUCCUGCACAUCUACUGUGAGGCAGAGGUAAAACAGACUCUCUCUCUGUUAGGACCCCAGAAGAUGUAUAAAGACAGACAGACUUGAAGAGUUGCACAUAACUUUCACUCUCAGCUUAUAAAGUAAGUGAAACAGACCAAAACCCACACGGGAAAAGAGCAGGACUUACAGAUGAGGAGCUGUUUGAAAGUCAGCCGGUGACUUAUUGUUCUGACUAAAAGAUGGACAAGGAUGAAAAGAAGCCGAAGACGUACGUGUCAACUUUCCGAUUUGCCCUCAAGCCUCAGGGAGGGAAGCAGAAAGAGAAUGGACUGGGCACCACAAAAAGGAUGUUAACAGGAAACAAGCUGAGAUGUUCAUCUGCAGCAGGUAUUGGUGUAACUGCAAGUAAGACUUCCUUCAAAAAUAGUGUUGCCAGUCUGACCCUGACUCAGUGUUCAACUGGACAUGCUGGAGAGUAUACCUGCAUGGCUGAAAACAGUGCUGGGAGGACAUCAAGCAGCGCUCUGUUACAAAUUAAAGAGCACGGAGCCGGGCCAAAGGAAAUCCCCACAUCAAGCAACCAUGAACAGCGCAAUGAUGUGUCAUUGAAAUCAGAGUCUCACAAAAACACUGUAGGGAACUGGCAACACAGGAAAGAAAAAGAUAAAGUUAUCAGAGACUGCAGACUGCAAACAAAAACUCCCACAAGCAAAGGGCCUCCACUAGAGUUUCUAGACCCACCAGAGAAGGUGGAGGUUUGUGUGGGUCAGCAAGCUCGGCUUCACUGUGAGUUCAGGUGCAGCUCUCUUCCUGUGGCCUGUUGCUGGAUUUACAACAAAGCUAAAGUGGUGUCAGGAGGUUCUCGGGUGACAGUGAGGAGCGAAGGGACCCAAAGCAGUUUGGAGAUCUCUGAGGCCGUCCCAGAGGACACAGGCUCUUACACUGUCAUUGUACGGAACAGGCACGGCUCUGCUCAGCACACACUGUCACUCAGUGUUAUAGACCGGCCCACUCCUCCAUCAUCCCAACCUGUUGCUUCCAGGGUUUCGACCCAAUCCCUGGUUCUGUCCUGGACAGGCCCCAGCUACGAUGGAGGCACAGCUGUGUUGGGUUACAUUGUAGAAGUCCUUCAAGAAGGCUCUAAAGAGCCUGGGAGCUGGACUGAAAUAAGCAGAUGUAAGAACACUUCACACCAAAUUUGCUCAGGGUUGGAGCCUCUCGGACGGUACAAGUUCAGAGUUCGAGCCUGGAACUUUGCAGGUACCAGCGAACCGAGCCAGGAGUCUCUUUCCAUCAAGAUGACAGCUGCAAAGGAAGAGAAACAUGAGCCUGACUCUUAUGUGACUGUGACUAUUGACACCCAACACAGGGUCAGGGACCACUAUAAUGUGCAUGAGAAGCUGGGGGUUGGAAAGUUUGGAGUGGUGUACCGGCUGACCCACAAGGAGACUGGCAAAGAGUUUGCAGCUAAGUUCUACCGUGCCAGGACCUCCAAGGACAAGUCUGAAGCUCACAAAGAGAUUAAAAUAAUGAACAAGCUUCACCACCCAAAGAUAGUCCAGUGUCUGGCCGCGUAUGAACUCCGUCCGGAGUUGGCCAUGGUCAUGGAGUAUGUCGCAGGGGGGGAACUCUUUGAACGCAUCGUAGAUGAAAACUUCGAGCACACAGAACCCACCAGCGCUCGCUAUGUGCAGCAGAUCCUGGAGGGCAUGCAAUAUGUGCACAAGCAGAAAAUCAUCCAUCUGGACCUCAAACCAGAGAACAUCGUCUGUGUGGACACCUCUGGCACACAGAUCAAGAUAAUUGACUUUGGCUUGGCCAGUGAACUAGUGGGGGGUAAACCUCUGAUGGUGAUGCACGGCACUCCAGAGUUUGUUGCUCCGGAGGUGAUCAACUAUGAGCCCGUCGGAAUAGAGACAGACAUGUGGAGCAUCGGAGUCAUUUGCUUUAUCUUGCUCAGUGGAGAAUCCCCCUUCCAGGGAAACAAUGAUGCUGAGACUUUCUCUCUGGUGACAGCAGCCAGCUUUGAGUUUGAUCCGGAAAGUUUUGAAGACAUCUCUGAUGAGGCAAAGGACUUUAUCAGAUCCCUGCUGAAGAAAGACAGAAGGUCCAGGUUGUCAUGUACAGAGGCCCUUGCCCACUCCUGGAUGGCUUCUUUUACCCCUCUGAUCCGCAGACCCACCAAGUCUCUGAAUAAAGAGAAGAUGAGGCGAUUUCUAGUGAGACGCAAAUGGAAGAAAACUGGCCAAGCUGUUUUGGCCCUGAACCGGAUGGCUAACCUCUACAGCAGGCCGGAGUUUUCUGGCAGCUCCUCAGAGGAGCCAGUGUGGAGCUGUGAGGCAGAGGCGGCCAUCCAGUCGCUGGACAAGCAGCUGCAGACUGAGCCGCACUUCCAGCAGGCGUUGAAGGACAUCACCCUUCCCAAGGGAGAGACUGCUCAGCUAACAUGCCUGGUUGAUGGUUACCCACAGCCAGAGGUGAAGUGGCUUCAUAACGAGGAGCCGUUGUGUGACUCGAGCAGAGUGAAGAUGCAGCAGGAUGAAGAUGGCUUCUGCUCUUUGGUUGUGGCUGAUCUGGCGCCCUCUGACUCAGGGAUUUACGUGUGCAUAGCCCAAAACAAACUUGGGGAGGCAAUGUGCUCUGCAAAACUGAAAGUUGAACUGUAAGAGAAAGUGUACUAGUGGAUUUUCUUUGUUUAUGCCACUACAUGGACAUGUUUGUUAUUCCGGAGCACGCAAAUGGCUAAAGUCACAAUUGUAUUGUUUAAAAGCGGUGUUACUGUUCUGUUAAAAGGAAAGCUUUUUACAAACUCACUGCUAGAGAUUUGCAUUCCUAAAAUGUUGAAAAUGUUUUAAGCUCAAGGUAAAAUGAUGCAAAAGCUGAUCUGAGUUAAAAAAAAAAAAAGAAAAAGGCACAACAGCUGCACAUGUUGUAGAUUAUGAUACUGAUUACAAGUUUUAUAAAGGCACUGAAAUUAAAGACUUAAGAACACCA